AUGCCUACAAACGAUAGCAACGUCGCGGCUCCCGAUCUCGAAAAGAUCCAGCUGAAGGAUUAUAGAGCCGCCGCACUGCUGGCCCACUCGGCUGUGUACAUCUCCGGCAAUGGUCCUGUCUACAACCCGAACGGUAACGCCGGUGUUCAAGCCGUCGUUCCGACACAAGUGAACAACCCGGGCUACUUGGUCACCCAGACGGUGUACGGAUUUCUGGAUUUCACCACCACCAUUGGCAACACGGUAAUGAUCUUCUCGCCUCAGAGUGCGGCUGCCGUCAUCACUGAGCCACCCAAGACGUCACCGGCGCCACCGCCGGUGAUCGAAACAUCCCCGCCACCGACCCCAUCAACCACGAGUGCCGCGGCAAUUGCCGAGGAGAUCAAGCCUAGCAAGACGGUCAUCCUGCCGGUUGCCGCCAAGGAGAAGGUCAGUGUCGUUCAGGUCAUUGCCGAAACACCGAAGCCGUUCAUCGUUAAGCCCAACGUUCCGGUCAAAUUCGUCCAAAAAGCUGUUACUCCGGUCAAAGCGAAGCCCAUCGGUAAACCAAAAGCGAAAAUCUCCAUCGUUGAAGUAACUCCGCUGAAGGUGGAACCGGAACCGGUAGUAGUGGAAAAGAAGGUUGAGGAACCCGUUAAGGUACAGUUGAUUAAACCCCAAGCACCGGUGAUUAAAGUUGUUGCAACCAAAGUGGAAGUAACAACGCCAAAGGAAAUAGUAACUCCAGAACCGCAGGUUCAGAUCGUUCACGAAGAAGAAGAAGAAGAAGAUGAAGAUGAGGAAGAAACGCCACAGGAAGAAUCUGAAACCGAAAUCGAAGAAGAGCCGGAGGAAGUUGAAGAAAUUCAUCAGACGAAAAUAGAAGAACCUUCUGAGGUGGAAAAAGAAGAGGAAGAAACUCCAAGCGAUGAAAAUGAACAACAAGAAGAUCACGAAGAGACAGAAGAAGACGAUAAAAAAGAAGAAAAGGUAGAAACGUCUAAGCCAAAAGAAACCGCUGAAGAGCCAACUAUUGAAGCAGAACAAAAGGAACAUUCACCGAUCAUGUUCUCCGGCAUCUCGGAGGAAAAGGAAGCAGACCACGAAGAAGCACCCGAAGCGGAGGAAGACGAUGAAGAAGAGGAACCAGCUCCGGUGCUGCAGAUUGGCAACAAUAUCGCCCCCGAACCCGAGUACGACUUCCUCUCGCGACAGCCGUCCGAGUUUGUAGAAGAAACCUACCGGGUAGUGAACUUGAAGCCAACAACCACGGCCAGCGCGGCACCGUCCGCAGCCCCGAAGACGAAGGGCAAACGGGGACAAGGUAAUAAGCAUGCACGCCCCACGGGACUGGUCACGAAGCUCGGUGGAACCGUGGUCAAGGAUGGAGCCACAACGGUCCACGAGACGAGCGUUAUCGGCACCUACAUUUCAGGAAAAUAUGCCCAAGUCCUACAAAGCACUUCUCAUGUAUUUCAAGGUAAUUCAGCUGCCGCCGCCGCUGCCCCUGCUGCUGCUGCUGCUGCUGCUCCUGCUGCAGCCGAAGGUCAACCACGGCGGGCUCCGGGUCCGAAGGUGAGUCCUACUCCGACGUUGCGCAUUCUGAAAACGGCCGCCCCGAACCCGAACAAAACACCGCGCUACAAUCCGGAGGCGGCUGCAAUCAUCACCCCCUCGCCAGCCAGCCAGCAAGCCCUAGAGGACACUGGCCUACCGCUGGAGAAUCUGUUCGCCAACCAACCGAGCUCCAGUCUGGUACGGCCAUCGCGUCGCCUCAGCGGACCCGGAGUCAACCUGAACGGCGGAAACUUCAAGAAUCGGCUGAAGAACCGCAUCAGCAAGGAGGACAGCAACGACCUGCAGGACCGAUCGGACACGGAACCGGAACCGAUCGGUCCGCCGGCCGUCCCGACGGCCAGCUUUGGUAAUGGGAAGAAAACUAACCGCUACCGUAACACGCAAACCGUUAAGCCUAACCACGUCGGCAAGAACACUCGCUAUAAUCGAUUCUCUACAUCUAGUGUGGAAGUGGCGACGGUGUCCGUUUUCAGUGAACCCUCCUCCACCACUCCCGCCUACGCAAACAGGCGUAACAAAGCUUCUCGUAACAGUUUCAAGCCUAGCAUUACCUACAGCAGCAGCCCGGCGGCGUCAUCGGCGUCGUAUUCCCAGCAGGAAGCCAACCGGCGAUCGUUCAAACCGAACCUGCGGCCAACACCACCGGAGGACGAAGCCCGCACCACCAGCACCAGUCUGUACAAGUUCAAGCUGAACCGUUCGCCCGGACGGUGGCAGUACAAGAGCCCACCGAAACCGACCGUCAAUAUCCGAAAGCAAAGCGCAAAACCGAAGGAUCCAGUGGAGAACCUUGCCACGGCCCCAGUUUACGACAGCUCCGUGCAGAACAACGACAUCUCGCAGAAUCCAGACCAUCAGGAGAAUGUUGAUACCGAUGCUGAUUUGGAUCAGUCCGGAUCGGUUAACGGAAACGUCCUAAAUGACGCGGAGAACGACAACCAAAUUGAACGACGCUAUCCAAUCGAAACGAUUAAAGUGGAAAUUUCGACACCAGCGGACUUCAAGGAUACGUAUUUUGAGAUCGCCACCAUCAAGUCACCCUACACUUUCCAGGUUGGCACAGUGAAAAAUACUCGCUACAUUACCGUAACGUCGACCUACGAAAAGACUUUGGAACAGGAAACCGCUACCAUCACGCCAUCCCUCACGGAACCACUAACGGAAAACAUCCUCGCAACGACGACUCAUUUAGAUAAGGAAAGCAACCUUCUAGAUUCAAGCAUUGCUACUCUACCACCGAUCUCACUGAUUGGUGAAACGGAAACUCCUCCGUUGGAAACCUUAACCGAAACGUUCAGCACCACCCAGGAAAUGCUGAAAACUCACAUCCUUCCGGUGAUCCGUGAUGGUACCGACACGACCAGUUACACGUUGAUUCAAACCUAUCACAUUACUCGGCUGGUGACUGCCACCAAAACCCUACCGCCCAUGGAACUCUAUCACUUCGUUCCGUCAAAAACCCUGAACGAGUUCAACAGUCGUUUGGAUGAAGCCGGCUCAGAGCUGCACCUGGAGUUGGAGUUCGGUGACAAUAAUGAGGACGACGAAGAAAAACCAAGACUACCUUCCGAUCUAGAUCUAUCCAGCAUCGGAUCGGACUUCGAUCUGUCCGAAGUCGACAAAACCAACAUCCCGGAAAACAUCCGUCCAAAGAAGAGGGUCGCCAACCACAAGGAAGCCAACAAAGUAACCACGGAAGCCCCGGUAACAACCCCCAGCCUGACACCCGACCAACUACAGCAGCUAGCCCUUCUGAGGCUACUAAACCCAGCUGCCGCUGCUCAAAUCCCAUCCGUGAUCACCUCUUCGAAACCGGUCGUCAAACUAGAAACCGUCUACGAAUCGCACGUCCUGCCGAUCAUCAACGGUCAGAACACAAUCUUCAGCACCAUCUCGCGUCCGAUUGGAACGAUCACCAAAACGAACUACGAAGUCGUCACCACAACGCUGCCGUCGCUUCCGAUUCCACCCAUCCCGCAGUUGAACCCCUUCCAGCAGCCACAGGUGGCGCUCCAAUCGACGCCCGUUGUCACGCAGACCGUCGUCACGGAAACGAACAGCAAAGUGCUGAAGUUGACCUUCGGAGCGAAGACGGCCUACACCACGCUGUACUCGACCACGGUCGUACCGACGCAGCUGACCACCUACGUGACGCAAUCGGUUCCGAUUCAACCGACGGCCGCCUUCCCGGGGUACUUCCCGGCGCCGUACGCUCCCUUCCCGUACGUGGGAUAG